AUGGCCAGAAGAAAUAGAAAUACAACUGUCAAUGAAGAAGAGGUUGAACUUGAUGAAGUUGACUCAUUUAAUGCCAAUAGGGAAAAGAUAUUAUUAGAUGAAGCUGGAGAAUAUGGACGUGAUGACCAAUCUGAAGAUGAUGAUUCUGAAGAAGAAGUCAUGCAAGUAGAAGAAGAUAGUGAGGAUGACGAAGAUGAUCAAGAAAAUUCAGGCUACAAUGAUGAUGAAGAGGAUGAAGAAGAAGAGGAUGAAGAGGAAGUAGAAGAAGAAGAGGGAAAAGGAUGGGGAGGAAGACAGAAUUAUUAUGGAGGAGAUGAUGUAAGUGAUGAUGAAGAUGCUAAACAAAUGACAGAAGAAGCAUUGAGACAACAGAAGAAACAUUUACAAGAAUUAGCGAUGGAUGAUUAUUUAGAUGAAGAAAUGAUGGAAGAUUGGCAGAAAAAAGCCGAUUCAUAUGACAAUAAAGAAUCAUUGUCAACAACCCAACAACUGCAACAACAACUUAUUAUUGAAAGUAAUAGUUCUAUUGAAAACUUGGAAGAUAAUGAUAAAUUGAAAUUACUUCAACAAUCAUUUCCUGAGUUUAUCCCAUUAUUGAAAGAAUUAAACAUUUUGAAAGUUAAAUUAGAAGAUUUACAAAAAAUAGAGGAUAAAAAUCGAUCCAUAGAAACAAAAAUUGUGGCAUUAUCAGCCUAUUUAGGGGCCAUAUCAUCAUAUUUUGCCAUAUUUGUUGAUAAUUUGAAUAAUGAAGAAUCAUUUGUAUCUAUGAAAGACAAUCCAAUUAUGGAAACUAUAUUGAGUUCUAGAGAAAUUUGGAGACAGGCAAAUGAGUUACCCGAUGAAAUCAAAAUGGAUGAUGUUAAAGUAUAUGUUUCAGAUGUUGUUUCUAGUGAUAUUGAUGACGAAGAAAAUUUUGUUGAUGCUAAGGAAGAACAAUCUGAGGAUGAAGAAAUAUCAGAAAUUGAAGAAGAAGAAGAAGAAGAAGAAGAACAAGAAGAAGAGGAAAAAGAAAAUCAAUCAGAUGAUCUUGACAUUGAUGCCAAUUCACAAAGAAUUAUUAAACAUGUUUCUAAAAGGCAUGGUGAUGAUUUCACAGAAGCUGAUAUUGAAGAUAUUGAUAUGGAAGAUAAACAACGUCGUAAGAAGACAUUAAGAUUUUACACUUCUAAAAUUGAUAAAGCUGCUGCUAAAAAAGACCAAUCAUAUUCUGGUGAUAUGGACGUUCCAUAUAAAGAAAGAUUAUUUGAAAGACAACAACGUCUACUUGAAGAGGCAAGGAAAAGAGGAUUACAAAAACAAGACGAUGAAAAUAUAUCAGAUAAUAUCAAUGAUGAUGAUGAUAAUGAUAAUGAUAAUGAUGAAGGGUUUGAACAAAAUGACAAUUAUUAUCAAUCAGUGAAACAACAUAAAUUAAACAAGAAACAAUCUAGAAAAUCAGCUCAUGAAGCUGCAAUUAAAGCUGCUAAAGAAGGUAAAUUGGCAGAAUUACAAGAAUCAGUUGGUCAAGAUGGUAAAAGAGCAAUUAAUUAUCAAAUUCUUAAAAACAAAGGUCUUACGCCUCAUAGAAAGAAAGAAUAUAGAAAUUCUAGAGUUAAAAAGAGAAAACAAUAUGAAAAGGCACAAAAGAAACUUAAAUCAGUUAGACAAGUUUAUGAUGCUAAUAACAGAGGUCCAUAUGAAGGUGAAAAGACUGGUAUUAAGAAAGGGUUGUCAAGAUCAGUUAAGUUGGUGUAA